UCGGAGGUGCCCUAAACUCACUAACUUAGAGUGGUAUGGGAAAUAUGGUCGAGGGACAUGGGUAAUCACACGCCCUUCGACAACUUCCAAAAUCAGUAUGAGCGUUUCAGUCGAAUAUCACUCUCCCAGCAUUACCGAGGAAGCCUGGAGAGCAAUGUUGCGUGAGGAAGAUGUCAACGAAGCCAUGGAACAAGGUUGGAGCCCAAAUGAUAUUGAAAGAGUAGGCCGAGCUUGGACCGGCGAAGGAGCUGAGGCAUACGCAAAGCUUUUCGUCAGCAGGGAGGACGGUAAUAUUUCAAAGACCGCGAAGGACAGACCAGGUAAAUUACGUGACAUCCCGAAACUUCAACCUGGAUUGCCUCCAAUUUCUACUUCUGAUUCUGGCGACAUUUGUCAACCUCUAACCCCUUCCCAAAGUUUGGCCUCGAUCUCACGAUCUCCUGAGAUGCCGUACACCCCAUUGACACCUGCGUCUUCGGAGAUCUCGAACUCGUCCUCGUCUGGAAGUCCCAAUCUUGACCUCUCGGUGGAUGGUACAUGCGAGGAUGAAUAUUACACUAUACACAAACGAUCCCCUUCAGAACCAUGUCGAACUCCUGGCGAAGCAGUCAGCGGAAGAAACCGUACGGCUACUGGGACCAUGUACAAAGGGACGAUAUCCGAAUCAAGCUCAGGCUCCGAUGAGGCACAUACCAGGAACCGUCUCCCGGGGACAGGUAGGGGCAAAAAGAGCGCAGUUGAUAAUGGGGAUCCGUUGUCUAGAGGCCGAGGUAGGGGCAACGAACAUUCGCAUCGCUUUUCAGGACCUGGUAUAUCCGGUGGCGGUGGCCGCAGGCGCAGGAGUGGGGGAUCGUCGAUUCCAUCCACGCGACCUUGAGCCAACUUCACCUUCUCAACUCGCAUCCCCCGAAGGAAAUUCAUUGCAAGGUACACAGUCUCUUUUCUAGUUCACGCAAAACAUUCAGUUCGUCGACAUCAUCUCAAUGUAACAUUUUCGCCAUCAAUUUCCCGUCUGUCGAAUCCUUUCAAAAUCCAUGCCUAUGACUCAGUGAAGUUCAUGCCAGUGGGCAAUUCUUGUACUGUUCUUGUAUGUAUACUAUUAGUACGACGCGAUCGCAGAAAUCAAGCGUAACCUCUUGUUAAAUGU